UGUAAGCUCAUAUAUCACGCGACAUUUCGACUUGUACGUUACGUUCUUAAUGAAUUUAGAGCUUCUAGAAGCGUUUCAUCAAAACUAUCCAGAGGCUGCAGAUGGUUACCUAGAACGAAUUAAAAAAGAUGAUGGGAGUAAAGACGCUGGCUGCGCCACUUAUGCAAUAACAUUGCAGUUCAAUAGAGUUGGAAGUCUCUUAGCUAUUGGAUGCAAUGAUGGAAGAAUAGAAAUUUGGGACCAUGUCACAAGACGUAUCUCCAAAGUCCUGGUAGCACAUGCACACCCAGUUUGUUCCCUAAGUUGGAGUAGAGACAGCAGAAAGCUUCUUAGUGCUUCCACUGACAAUACAGUCUCUAUUUGGAAUGUACUAUCGAGUGCUUGUGAGCAAACAUUUCAAUUUCCUUGUCCUGUGAUGAAGGUUCAAUUCAAUGCAAGGAAACCAGAUCAACUACUUGUUUGUCCGAUGCGACAUGCCCCAGUAGUUAUCAGUGUUCCAAGUGGUGCCCCAACUAUCAUACAACCAGAAGAUGAAAAUGACCUUAGUAUUGUUGCAUCAUAUGAUCGUCGUGGUCGUUAUAUUUAUACUGGGAACUCAAAAGGCAAAGUUUGUAUAUAUGAAACGAAAGAUUUCCAGUUGAUCAGCUCAUUUAAAUCAACGUCAGCAGCAAAUGCUGCAUUAAAUCGAUAG